AAGGGAUUCAGGGUAUGAACUUUUGAGCAAGUAUUUUUAUUGACAAAUGAACGGUUCCUUAUGCAAACUUCCAGCUGCCCCCUGCCAGCCCAGGGCACGUGGCCUGGUUGUUCCCACUCAGGCUGCAGGGGGAGCUGGGAGAGAGGCACUACAGGAAGGCCCGGCUCAUCAAGCUCCCAGGGCUCCUGGGUUCUCUGCCCGGCUUGGCGAGCCCACGCCAGGAUGGGGCCCCUGAGUGUGCUGCUGAGAUGUCGCUGGGUGCUGGCACUGUGUGUGGCCGUUACUGUCAGCUUCAGCCUCUCUGUCAUGUGGAGGCUUCAGAGCCAUUCCCCCCUGCCGGUGGAGUCGCCCUCUUUUGCUGGUACUGUCGCUGCGUCUGAGCCAGGGAUCCGCUGGCCCUGCUCUCUCCCGGCCCGUGUGGGAAACUCCAGCCCCGAUGCCCUGGUGAUGGACGCAACGCAGUGCCAGGCUCUGGGUCGGAACUUGACCAAGGGGGCCUUCCCUGUGAGGUCAGAUAAGGGCUGGCCUCUUAGGCAGCUGCAACUGCUGCAGAGCUGUCCCUGGGCACAUAAUGCCAGUGUCCUGGACCAGUACAGGGAGGAGUUGGGCCGCUGCUGUAAUGCCUCCGCCAACCUGGUGCUGACCUUCAACAACACCCUACUGGGCUCCCAUAUCAUCUACGACGGGCAGCAGGCCAAGAAGCUGCAGGUGAAGGAGGAGCUGCAGGAGAUGCUGCCUCAGGACUCCCCAUUUCACAAUGCACCCUAUGAGCGCUGCGCUGUGGUGGGGAGCGGAGGAAUCCUCCGCAACAGCAGCUGUGGCUCUGAAAUUGACCAUGCCCAGUUCAUCAUCAGGUUCAACAUGCCUCCCUUGGGCUUUGCUGAGGACGUGGGCACCAAAUCAAGCGCUGUCACCAUGAACCCCAGCAUCCUGCAUGCCCGGUUCAGGAGCCUAAAUCACCACCGUGGUCCUUUUGUUGAGGCGGUGGGAGCCUAUAGGGCCCCCCUGCUCCUCAUCCCGGCCUUCAGCUUCACUGGCUACAUGCAGGUCUCGCUCCGGGCAUUCUACGCUCUGCAGGAAUUCCACUCCCCAACACACGUCCUCUUCAUGAACCCCAAGUACCUGGCGGGGCUGGACAGGGGCUGGCGGAGCCAUUACUACGACAACCGGCUCCCAACGCCGAAUGUUCACAACAUGCCCGAUGAGUUCAUCCGCUACCUGGGCUUGCACCUGCAAGGGGCGCUGCGGCUACACGUCGGGCGCUGCAGGUGAGGGCCCGGCCUGUGGCCGUGCACCAGAUGCAGAGGCGACAGCGUGGCUGGAAUUACCUCAGGAGCACGGAUUAGCUGCAGGUCUCAUCAUGGGGAUCUGAAAUGAGUCCCUGCGCCCCUCAAUUCCAUCUCCCUCCCUUCCCCCCUUAGUUAGCAAAGACUGAUUCAUUAGGCAUUUGUUAAUUUCCAUGCAUUAAUUGGCUUCUGAUUAGUGAUCUGAGAUGGGCAAAGUUCAUUAAUAAUUAGUACUCUGACCUCCUUUACUCAUUAUUUCAUUAUCCCAUUUCCUUAGCUGUCCCUUGUCGGCUGGCCUGCUCAGAGCCAUUGAAUUAGGGCAGUUCCUUUAUUGCCAUGCGUAAGUCAUCAUCUCUUCAUUGUUCUCUAAUGAUCAUGGUCUGUUGGUCACUCAUCCUCAGUUGGCAGCCUGGGGUGGGUGUUUCACCCUGAAGGUCCUUAUAUGCAAUGAGUGAGACACCAGCUGGGUUCCACUAAUUAGAGCUCAUUGGCCAGCAGUUUUCAUUCCAGGUGGUCCAUGGAGUGCUCUUUCCUGGACUCUUCCUUUCUUGCUUAGUCAUUAAUCAUGAGUCAUCAUUCCCCAGGAGCUGCCCCAGUGCUGGGUGACUUGUAAACUCCUUCCCCACCCUUGACUGUGUUUAUUUAAUCAUGGGUCAGCACCAGGCUGCGGGUGGAAGGUUUUUUUUAGGGUCUUUUCACCCGGCAAGUUUGGUCCCUGGUGGCUUUUGCAGUUGACUAUAACUGUAAUGACCCGGAUCACUUGAAGCCUAUGGGCGAGGCGAGUUGUGGACUAAACAUAAUGACCCAUAGGGUCCCUUCCAGUCCUCUGGGCCUAUGAUACCAGCCUUUUACUGCUGCUGGCCAACAUCAAUCACCCCAAAGACCCAGAGGCAGCGUCCGUCCUUAGAAAGGGGCAGGCUUCCAAUCCCGAGGAGCAUGCACUGGGGGAAAGUUGUUGAGUUUCACAUGCUUAUCUUGAAAAAAAAAACCAGCAAUCUAGGACAGGCAUGUCAAAUUGAAGCCUACUGGGGCCGCACAAAUGAAAACUGAUAGCUUUCAGGGCCAUCACAGAAAAUGUACUUCUAUUGGAAAGUCAUAAUUAUUUAUUAUUAUAGAUUGUUU